AUGCGCGCUGGCGUGGUAGAGGAGGGAGGCGGAGUGGAUGCUGCUUGCUCUCGCUGCCCUGUGCUGCCCUCCAUCCCGCGUCAUUCUGACACACACAGACGGGGGGAUAUCCGACGAAAUUUAGCCGAAGAUGGGGAGGCAGCUCCACAGUUCCACCGAGAGAAAAGGAAGGCGGAUGUAGAUGCUGAACCAGCAGAGAGUCCUGGGAGCAGCAGCAGCAGCAGCGGCAGCGGCAGCACUGGGGCCGUCGAUGCCCUCUCCAAAGCUCCGGCGCCACUUCCCCCUCAAGCCUCUGCAGGAGCGCCCGGAAAGAAAGGAGAGGACAGCAGCUCCUGCUCUGGCUCGGACAGCCCUGUAGAAUCCAGCGAGGAGGAGGAGGAGGAGGAGGAAGAGGAGGAGGAGGAGGAAGAGGAGGAGGAGGAGGAGGAGGAGGAGGAGGAGGAGGAGGAGGAGGGAGACCCCAAAAUGUUCUCCUCUAAGUUCCUCAGUGGGGCUAAUCCCCUGAGCGCCAUGUCCUCUGCGGUGAACAAGUUGGGCCGUUUUGGGGACGAUGUUGGAGAGGGGGAUCAGAAGAAGAAAGCCGAUUCCCAGCAGGGGGCUAAGGGGCCGCAGCAGCCGGGGACGGGCCCCCAGAAAGCAGGCCAGGGUCCCCCAACGCAGCUGGGUAACGGACAGGUGGGGAAUCCACCCAAGCCGGCCGGUCAAGCAGCCACUCAGAAGCCUGGAGCAAAGUCGGAGGAACAGUCCAAAGCUCCAGGAAAACCUGGUCCGCAGCAGAAACCACAACAACAACAACAACAACAACAACAAGGUUUGCCGAAGGUUGGAGUUCAGCCUCAAAGUGCAGCUAAGGGUGAACAACAGGCUUCUUCUAAGGGAGCUCAACAACAGGCCUCCCCAAAGCCUGGAUCACCACCCCAACAACAACAACACCAACAAGGACCUCCUAAGGGUGGUCUGCAACCCAAAGGGAGUCCGAGACCAGAGGCGCAGCAGCAAGCCUCAAAGACUCGAUCCCCGAUGGGGUCACCGAAACCUGGGCAGGCGCAGAGCUCCGACAGGACCUCACCCGACCAGCGGGCUUCUUCUGGUCCACAUGGUGCUCACCAGGGUCCAAAGGAAGCCAAACGGGCUGGACCCAAGGCCAUGUGUCCUGUGUGUACGACUACAGAACUCAACCUGCGCAGUAAGGCGCCACCGAACUACAGCACGUGCACCCGGUGCAAGACCCAAGUGUGCAGCUUCUGUGGCUUCAGCCCCCCGGAUUCAGCGGGGAAAGAGUGGCUUUGUCUUCCCUGUCAAAUGAAAAGAGCUUCCGGAUCUCCUGAACCUGCUGUGCGUUCAAAAGUCCAGCCGUCGCCCAACAAAACCGCCACAACCCAGAAGCUGACACCGAGUUCUUCUCCUCCAACCCCUAAACAAGUCACCUCAGCCCCAGGCUCACCCAACCCAACGCUGUCCAAGCCAAGAGAACCCUCAUCUGUGGCAGAGGCUGCUAAAAGCCAGAAACAGUCGAGUCCAUCUCCUGGUCAGAAAACACCACAGGAGAGCCUGAAGACGUCAGGCCCUCAGAAACCUCCAGACCAGACCAAUCAAAGCGGACGAAAGCAGAGCACCCAACAGGAGUCUGGGGGAUUCUUUGGCUUUGGAGGUUCAAAGGCUCAGUCUGAUGCUGCAAAGCCUGAAGAGUCAGUCACUGGCAAGAUGUUUGGCUUUGGUUCCUCCAUCUUCAACUCUGCGUCCACCUUGAUAACCACACCACCUGUUUCUCCAAAAAUGGCAGCCGCAAAGGACACCAAACCACCUGCUGUCCAGAAAGCAGAGCAAGAGAAGAAACCAGAGCAACCUCAGCAGGCCAAGGCUUCACCAUCAGUACAGGCCAAAGUGGACAAAGCUCCAUCAGAGCCUCCAAAGGCAGCAGCUUCCCAAGCUGCUCCUAAAGCAGGCCAGUCCACCUGUCCUCUCUGUAAGGUGGGACUCAACAUGGGCUCGAAGGAUCCUCCCAACUACAACACCUGCACGGAUUGUAAGAACACUGUCUGCAACCAGUGUGGAUUCAGUCCAAUGCCAAAUGUUGGGGGAAAGGAGUGGCUGUGUCUCGACUGUCAGGUGAAGAGAGCUUCAGGGGCCAUGGGUGAAGCUGGACCUCCGGUUAGAAAACCACAGGCUUCCCCUAAUAAAGCAUCGACACAAAAGGAGACAUCUAUAAAGCCGAGCCAAAAGCAAUCAAGUCCAUCUCCUGGUCAGAAAACACCAGUGGAGAGCCAGACGAAGUCAGGUCCUCAGAAACCUCCAGAUGAAAAGAAUCAAACCGGACGAAAGCAGAGCACCCAACAGGAGUCUGGGGGCUUCUUUGGCUUUGGAGGUUCUAAGGCUCAGCCUGAUGCUGCAAAGCCUGAAGAGUCAGUCACUGGGAAGAUGUUUGGCUUUGGUUCCUCCAUCUUCAACUCUGCGUCCACCUUGAUAACCACACCACCUGUUUCUCCAAAACUGUCAGCCGCAAAGGACACCAAACCACCUGCUGUACAGAAAGCAGAACAAGAGAAGAAACCAGAGCAACCUCAGCAGGCCAAGGCUUCACCAUCAGUACAGGCCAAAGUGGACAAAGCUCCAUCAGAGCCUCCUAAGGCAGCAGCCUCCCAAGCUGCUCCUAAAGCAGGCCAGUCCACCUGUCCUCUCUGUAAGGUGGGACUCAACAUGGGCUCCAAGGAUCCUCCCAACUACAACACCUGUACGGAUUGUAAGAACACCGUCUGCAACCAGUGUGGAUUUAAUCCGAUGCAAAAUAAAUCAGAGGUGAAGGAGUGGCUGUGUCUCACCUGCCAGAUGCAAAGGGCUCUGGGAGCUUCUGAAGCUCCAGGACAACUCGCGGUCAAACCCCAAGCCUCCCCGAAAAAAGUCUCUCCGUCUCCUGAACCCCAGAAGAAAGUAAUCGCUGAGUCAGCUGGAUCUCCUCAAAGAAAGCAGUCAAUGCCAGCUGCAGAUCUAAACAAGGUUGAAGUUGCCAAAGGACAAGACGGGCCGAAGCAGUCAAGUCCAUCUCCUGGUCAGAAAACACCACAGGAGAGCCGGAAGAUGUCAGGUCCUCAGAAACCUCCAGACCAGACCAAUGAAACCGGACGAAAGCAGAGCACCCAACAGGAGUCUGGGGGCUUCUUUGGCUUUGGAGGUUCUAAGGCUCAGCCUGAUGCUGCAAAGCCUGCAGAGUCAGUCACUGGGAAGAUGUUUGGCUUUGGUUCCUCCAUCUUCAACUCUGCGUCCACCUUGAUAACCACACCACCUGUUUCUCCAAAACUGUCAGCCGCAAAGGACACCAAACCACCUGCUGUCCAGAAAGCAGAACAAGAGAAGAAACCAGAGCAACCUCAGCAGGCCAAGGCUUCACCAUCAGUACAGGCCAAAGUGGACAAAGCUCCAUCAGAGCCUCCAAAGGCAGCAGCCUCCCAAGCUGCUCCUAAAGCAGGCCAGUCCACCUGUCCACUCUGUAAGGUGGGACUCAACAUGGGCUCCAAGGAUCCUCCCAACUACAACAUAUGUACGGAUUGUAAAAACGCUGUCUGCAACCAGUGUGGUUUCAACCCCCAGCCAAAUAGCCCAGGGGUGAAGGAGUGGUUAUGUCUCAACUGCCAGAUGCAGAGAGCAUUAGGAGCAACUGAGCCUCCUGGAACGCCUAUGAUGAAACCAGCGGGUUCAUCCAACAAAGUUUCUAGCUCAGCUGACCAACUCAAGAACCUCCAAAUUAAUUCAAAGGACAGUAAAAAGACAGUUACAGAAAUUAAAGCUGAAGCGGAGGCUGCUAAAGGGCCAGAGAAUUUGAAACAGUCAAGUCCAUCUCCUGGUCAGCAAACCCCACAGGAGAGCCGGAAGACGUCAGCUCCUCCGAAACCUCCAGACCAGACCAAUCAACCUGCAAGGAAGCAGAGCAUCCAGCAGGAGUCUGGGGGAUUCUUUGGCUUUGGAGGUUCAAAGGCUCAGCCUGAUGCUGCAAAGCCUGAAGAGUCAGUCACUGGCAAGAUGUUUGGCUUUGGUUCCUCCAUCUUCAACUCUGCGUCCACCUUGAUAACCACACCACCUGUUUCUCCAAAAAUGGCUGCCGCAAAGGACACCAAACCACCUGCUGUCCCGAAAGCAGAGCAAGAGAAGAAGCCAGAGCAACCUCAGCAGGCCAAGGCUUCACCAUCAGUACAGGCUAAAGUGGACAAAGCUCCAUCAGAGCCUCCAAAGGCAGCAGCUUCCCAAGCUGCUCCUAAAGCAGGCCAGUCCACCUGUCCACUCUGUAAGGUGGGACUCAACAUGGGCUCCAAGGAUCCUCCCAACUACAACACCUGCACUGAUUGUAAGAACAGGGUCUGCAAUCAGUGUGGAUUUAACUCAAUGCCAAAUGAAACGGGGGUAAAGGAGUGGUUAUGUCUGACCUGUCAGAUGCAGAGGGCUUCGAAUGCGUCUGCAUUACCUUCAAAACCCAAUGUCUCGCCAAACAAAGUCCAAAAAGCAGCUGAGCAGAGUAAUCCAUCUGUUUCAGAUGCACAGAAAAAACCAGGAGGGCUCUUUGGUGCCAUUGGUUCUAAAACACAACCUGACACUUCGAAAACAACAGAGUCCGUUACAGGGAAGAUGUUUGGCUUUGGUUCUUCCGUUUUCAGCUCAGCAUCCACUUUGUUGACCUCAUCUGCUCAGGAGGAGUCCAGUGUAACACCACCAGGUUCGCGUAAGAUGUCUGGACAAGCUCAGGGUUCCCGCAGGUUAUCAGCGGUCCCAAAGAUCUCUCCAAAUAGUACGCCCACAGGAUCUCCUAAAAUGUCCCCUUCAAAGGAAGCUAAACCACCCAAGAUGCAGACGCUGGAGGGAGAGAAGAAGCCAGAGCAACCUCAGCAGGCCAAGGCUCCACCAUCAGUACAGGCCAAAGUGGACAAAGCUCCAUCAGAGCCUCCAAAGGCAGCAGCUUCCCAAGCUGCUCCUAAAGCAGGCCAGUCCACCUGUCCACUCUGUAAGGUGGGACUCAACAUGGGCUCCAAGGAUCCUCCCAACUUCAACACCUGCACGGAUUGUAAGAACACUGUCUGCAACCAGUGUGGUUUCAAUCCCCAGCCAAAUGUAGCAGAGAAGGAGUGGUUAUGUCUCAACUGCCAGAUGCACAGAGCACUAGGAGCGUCAGAGCCUCCUGGAACUCCAUUCAUGAAACCACCGCCAUCACCCAGUAAACUGCCAGCUGCUCCUGAUACCCAGAAUAAGGACCUCCCAAAACCACAUAAACCUCAGGAGAAAGAAACAGCCCUGCACGACGAACAAAUCAAGAAGGAAGCUUCAACAACUAUAUCCACUCCGGGGAAACAGUCAACACCUGCAUUGCAGCAACCCAUAUCUGUGGUUGAUAAAGAAGUCAAUAUAGAGAGCAAGAAAAACCAAGCGCCGACACAGAAAAAGCUAGUUGGGAGCAUGCCGGACAACUCAGCCUCUGCCAAACAACAGGACUCAGGAGGAUUAUUUGGCUUUGGAGGUCCUACAACGAAUGCUGAUGCUGCAAAACCUACAGAGUCAGUCACUGGGAAGAUGUUUGGCUUUGGUUCCUCCAUCUUCAACUCUGCAUCCACCUUGAUAACCACACCACCCGUUUCUCCAAAACUGUCAGCCGCAAAGGACACCAAAACACCUGCUGUCCAGAAAGCAGAGCAAGAGAAGAAACCAGAGCAACCUCAGCAGGCCAAGGCUUCACCAUCAGUACAGGCCAAAGUGGACAAAGCUCCAUCAGAGCCUCCAAAGGCAGCAGCCUCCCAAGCUGCUCCUAAAGCAGGCCAGUCCACCUGUCCUCUCUGUAAGGUGGAACUCAACAUGGGCUCCAAGGAUCCUCCCAACUACAACGCCUGCACGGAUUGCAGGAAUACUGUCUGCAACCAGUGUGGAUUUAAUCUAAUGCCGAGUAAAACAGAGGUGAAGGAGUGGCUGUGUCUCAACUGCCAGAUGCAGAGGGCUCUGGGAGCCUCUGAGGCUCCAGGACAACUAGCGGUCAAACCCCAGGCCUCCCCGAAGAAAGUCUCUCCGUCUCCUGAACCCCAGAAGAAAGUAAUCUCUGAGUCAGGGCAAGAGAGUCAAAAGCAGUUGAGUCCUGCUCCUGGUCAGAAAACAUUACAGGAGAGUAGGAGGACAUCAGGUCCUCAGAAACCUCCAGACCAGACAAAUCAAACUGAACGAAAGCAAAGCAUACAACGGGAGUCUGGGGGCUUCUUUGGCUUUGGAGGUUCUAAGGCUCAGCCUGAUGCUGCAAAGCCUGAAGAGUCAGUCACUGAGAAGAUGUUUGGCUUUGGAUCUCAAAUCUUUAGCUCUGCAUCCACCUUGAUAACCACACCACCUGUUUCUCCAAAAAUGGCUGCCGCAAAGGACACCAAACCACCUGCUGUCCAGAAAGCAGAGCAAGAGAAGAAGCCAGAACAGCCUCAGCAGGCUCCACCAUCACCAUCAGUACAGGCCAAAGUGGACAAAGCUCCAUCAGAGCCUCCAAAGGCAGCAGCUUCCCAAGCUGCUCCUAAAGCAGGCCAGUCCACCUGUCCACUCUGUAAGGUGGGACUCAACAUGGGCUCCAAGGACCCUCCCAACUACAACACCUGUACGGAUUGUAAAAACGCUGUCUGCAACCAGUGUGGAUUUAAUCCAAUGCCGACUAAAACAGAGGAUAAGGAGUGGCUGUGUCUCACCUGUCAGAUGCAGAGGGCUCUGGGAGCUUCUGAAGCUCCAGGACAACUAUCGGUCAAACCCCAAGCCUCCCCGAAGAAAGUCUCUCCGUCUCCUGAACCCCAGAAGAAAGUAAUCUCUGAGUCAGCCGGGUCUCCUCAAAGAAAGCAGUCAAUGCCAGCUGCAGAUCUAACCAAGGAUGAUAUUGCUAAAGGGCAAGACGGGCAAAAGCAGUCGAGUCCAUCUCCUGGUCAGAAAAAACCACAGGAGAGUCGGAAGACGCCAGGUCCUCAGAAACCUCCAGACCAGACCAAUCAAACUGGAAGAAAGCAGAGCACCCAACAGUCUGGAGGCUUCUUUGGCUUUGGAGGUUCUAAGGCUCAGCCAGAUGCUGCAAAGCCUGAAGAGUCAGUCACUGGGAAGAUGUUUGGCUUUGGUUCCUCCAUCUUUAACUCUGCGUCCACCUUGAUAACCACACCACCUGUUUCUCCGAAAAUGUCAGCUGCAAAGGACACCAAACCACCUGCUGUCCAGAAAGCAGAGCAAGAGAAGAAACCAGAGCAACCUCAGCAGGCCAAGGCUUCACCAUCAGUACAGGCCAAAGUGGACAAAGCUCCAUCAGAGCCUCCAAAGGCAGCAGCUUCCCAAGCUGCUCCUAAAGCAGGCCAGUCCACCUGUCCUCUCUGUAAGGUGGAACUCAACAUGGGCUCCAAGGAUCCUCCCAACUUCAACACCUGUACGGAUUGCAAGAACACUGUCUGUAACCAGUGUGGCUUCAAUCCCCAGCCAAAUAGCACAGGGGUGAAGGAGUGGCUGUGUCUCACCUGCCAGAUGCAGAGGGCUCUACAAGCAUCUGAAGCUGCAGGACAACCGUUGGUCAAGCCUCAGGCCUCACCGAAGAAAGUCUCUCCAUCUUCUGAACCCCAGAAGAAAGUAAUCUCUGAGUCAGUUGGAUCACCCCAAAGAAAGCAGUCAAUGCCAGCUGCAGAUCCAAGCAAGGAUGAAGUUGCUAAAGGACAAGACAUGCAAAAGCAGUUGAGUCCAUCUCCUGGUCAGAAAACACCACAGGAGAGCCGGAAGAUGUCAGGUCCUCAGAAACCUCCAGACCAGACAAAUCGAACUGAACGAAAGCAGAGCACCGAACAGGAGUCUGGGGGCUUCUUUGGCUUUGGAGGUUCAAAGGCUCAGCCUGAUGCUGCAAAGCCUGAAGAGUCAGUCACUGGGAAGAUGUUUGGCUUUGGUUCCUCCAUCUUCAACUCUGCAUCCACCUUGAUAACCACACCACCUGUUUCUCCAAAAAUCGCUAAGGACACCAAAACACCUGCUGUCCAGAAAGCAGAGCAAGAGAAGAAACCAGAGCAACCUCAGCAGGCCAAGGCUUCACCAUCAGUACAGGCCAAAGUGGACAAAGCUCCAUCAGAGCCUCCAAAGGCAGCAGCUUCCCAAGCUGCUCCUAAAGCAGGCCAGUCCACCUGUCCACUCUGUAAGGUGGGACUCAACAUGGGCACCAAGGAUCCUCCCAACUACAACACCUGCACGGAUUGUAAGAACACUGCCUGCAACCAGUGUGGAUUUACUUCGAUGCCAAAUGAAACAGGGAUGAAAGAGUGGCUGUGCCUCACCUGCCAGAUGCAGAGGGCUCUUCGAGCCUCUGAAGCUCCAGGACAACCGUUGGUGAUAUCCCAGGCCUCCCCGAAGAAAGUCUCUCCAUCUCCUGAACCCCAGAAGAAAGUAAUCUCUGAGUCAGCCGGGUCUCCUCAAAGAAAGCAGUCAAUGCCAGCUGCAAGUGAAAACAAGGAUGAAGUUGCUAAAGGACGAGACGUGCAAAAGCAGUCGAGUCCAUCUCCCGGUCAGAAAACACCACAGGAGAUCCGGAAGUUGUCAGGUACUCAGAAACCUCCAGACCAGACCAAUCAAACUGGAAGAAAGCAGAGCACCCAACAGGAGUCUGGAGGCUUCUUUGGCUUUGGAGGUUCAAAGGCUCAGCCAGAUGCUGCAAAGCCUGAAGAGUCAGUCACUGGGAAGAUGUUUGGCUUUGGUUCCUCCAUCUUCAACUCUGCAUCCACCUUGAUAACCACACCACCUGUUUCUCCAAAAAUGGCUGCCGCAAAGGACACCAAACCACCUGCUGUCCAGAAAGCAGAGCAAGAGAAGAAACCAGAGCAACCUCAGCAGGCCAAGGCUUCACCAUCAGUACAGGCCAAAGUGGACAAAGCUCCAUCAGAGCCUCCAAAGGCAGCAGCUUCCCAAGCUGCUCCUAAAGCAGGCCAGUCCACCUGUCCACUCUGUAAGGUGGGACUCAACAUGGGCUCCAAGGAUCCUCCCAACUACAACACCUGCACGGAUUGUAAGAACACCGUCUGCAACCAGUGUGGAUUUACCUCGAUGCCAAAUGAAACAGGGAUGAAAGAGUGGCUGUGCCUCACCUGCCAGAUGCAGAGGGCUCUUCGAGCCUCUGAAGCUCCAGGACAACCGUUGGUGAUACCUCAGGCCUCCCCGAAGAAAGUCUCUCCAUCUCCUGAACCCCAGAAGAAAGUAAUCUCUGAGUCAGCCGGAUCUCCCCAAAGAAAGCAGUCAAUGCCAGCUGCAAGUGAAAACAAGAAUGAAGUUGCUAAAGGACAAGACGGGCCAAAGCAGUCGAGUCCAUCUCCCGGUCAGAAAACACCACAGGAGAGCCGGAAGACGUCAGGUCCUCAGAAACCUCCAGACCAGACCAAUCAAACUGGAAGAAAGCAGAGCACCCAACAGGAGUCUGGAGGCUUCUUUGGCUUUGGAGGUUCUAAGGCUCAGCCAGAUGCUGCAAAGCCUGAAGAGUCAGUCACUGGGAAGAUGUUUGGCUUUGGUUCCUCCAUCUUCAACUCUGCAUCCACCUUGAUAACCACACCACCUGUAUCUCCGAAAAUGGCAGCCGCAAAGGACACCAAACCACCUGCUGUCCAGAAAGCAGAGCAAGAGAGGAAACCAGAGCAACCUCAGCAGGCCAAGGCUUCACCAUCAGUACAGGCCAAAGUGGACGAAGCUCCAUCAGAGCCUCCAAAGGCAGCAGGCUCCCAAGCUGCUCCAGAAGCAGGCCAGUCCACCUGUCCACUCUGUAAGGUGGGACUCAACAUGGGCUCCAGCGAUCCUCCCAACUUCAACACUUGUACUGAUUGCAAGAAUAGUGUCUGUAACCAGUGUGGCUUCAAUCCCCAGCCAAAUAGCACAGGGGUGAAGGAGUGGCUGUGCCUCACCUGCCAGAUGCAGAGGGCUCUACAAGCAUCUGAAGCACCAGGACAACCUUUGGUCAAGCCUCAGGCCUCAGUGAAGAAUGUCUCUCAAUCUCCUGUACCCCAGAAGAAAGUAAUCUCUGAGUCAGUUGGAUCACCCCAAAGAACACAGUUGAUACCAGUUGCAAAAGGACAAGAUGGUCAAAAGCAGUUGAGUCCAUCUCUUGGUCAGAAAACACCACAGGAGAGCCGGAAGAUGUCAGGUCCUCAGAAAUCUCCAGACCUGACCAAUCAAACUGGAAGAAAGCAGAGCACCCAACAGGAGUCUGGGGGCUUCUUUGGCUUUGGAGGUUCUAAGGCUCAGUCUGAUGCUGCAAAGCCUGAAGAGUCAGUCACUGGGAAGAUGUUUGGCUUUGGUUCCUCAAUCUUCAACUCUGCGUCCACCUUGAUAACCACACCACCUGUUUCUCCAAAAAUGUCUGCUGCAAAGGGCACAAAACAGCCCGCUGUCCAGAAGGUAGAGCAAGAGAAGAAACCAGAGCAACCUCAGCAGGCCAAGGCUUCACCAUCAGUACAGGCCAAAGUGGACAAAGCUCCAUCAGAGCCUCCAAAGGCAGCAGCUUCCCAAGCUGCUCCUAAAGCAGGCCAGUCCACCUGUCCUCUCUGUAAGGUGGGACUCAACAUGGGCUCCAAGGAUCCUCCCAACUUCAACGCCUGCACUGAUUGCAAGAAUAUUGUCUGCAAUCAGUGUGGCUUUAACCCCAAUCCAACUGUAGAUAAGGUGAGAGAGUGGCUGUGCCUCACCUGUCAGAUGCAAAGAGCUCUGUCAGCUUCUGAACCUGAAAAGACUCCACGGCCGCAACCCCAGGCAUCACAAAACAAAGUGCUUGAAUCUGAACAGUGUGUCACCCCGGUCUCAUCACAAACUAAAGAUACUCCAACUCCUGGUAUCAUAGAUAAGGUUGAGGAGAAACCAACUCAUGUUCUGCCUCAGGCCACAGAGACAUCCCAUCCUGGUUUAUUCAAAGUAAAGGAGGCACCAGGACCUGCUCCGUCCCACAUCAAGGAGACCUCAAGUCCUGCUCUAUCACAAGACAAGGACAUAACAUGUGCACUUCCGCCACAAGCAAGGGUGAUUUCAACAUCUGGUCCACCUCAGGCCACAGAAAUAUCAAGUCCAGCUCUACCCAAGGCCACAGAGAUUCCAAGUCCUUCUCCAUCACAGGCCAGGGAGACACCAAGUCUUAGUACACCAAAGCCAACAGAGACACCAUGUCAUGAUCAACCCCAGGUUAAGGAGAUUCCUAGACUUAGUCCACCACAGGCUGAAGAGAAACCAAUUGCUGCUUCACCACAGGUGAUGGAUGCACCAAGUCCUAGCCCACCGCAGGAGACAGAAACACCAAGUCAUGAUCCACCCCAUGCUAAGGAGACAUCUAGUCCUGGUCCACCACAGGCCAAGGAGGAACCGAUCCCUGCUUCAGCACACGUUAAGGAGACCCCGACCCAUAUUCCAGCACAGGAAACUGAGACAACAAGUCCUGCUAUACCCCAGGUUAAGGCGACGUUGAGUCCUGCUCCACCGCCGGCCAAGAAAGCAACAAUUAGUGAACCCAAACUCAAUGGAACCUCUAAGGUGGUUGAUAAUAAGAUGGAGGCCUUUGUUUCAGCCACAGACAUCGUGACUCUAAAAGGGAAUGAAGAACUUGCUAAAAUCACUCUGGAGAAAGGAGUGAAGGCACAUGAAGAAAGCCUUCCUGGUGUACAACCACAGAAUCUUGAAACAGUACCUUCUAUGGAGAAUGUUUGCAAACCAUCUCAAUACUCUCCAAAUAAUGGCACCUCUCCUGCCAAAUCUGUAAUCCCAGCAGCUCAGUCUGCAAAUCAGACAUCUGGGGGACUUGGCUCGGGAAGUCCUAAAUCAGAGCAUAUGCCUUCAAACACAACAGAGUCAGUAAAGGGGAAGAUGUUUGGUUUUGGUUCAUCAAUCUUCAGCUCUGCAUCCACUUUGAUAACGUCUGCUGUCCAAGAAGAUUCACGUACAACACCACCAGGGUCUCGCAAGAUGUCUGCACCAGCUCAGGUUUCCCGCAAGAUGUCCAUUACAACCGAUAUUUCUCAAAAAUCCACACCACCCGUCUCACCAAAACUUCUUCCUUCAAAGGACACCAAACCAACUCCUGUCAAGAAAGCGGAGCAAGAGAAGAACCCAGAACAGCCUCAGCAGGCUCCACCAUCACCAUCAGUACAGGCCAAAGUGGAAAAAGCUCCAUCAGAGCCUUCAAAGGCAGCAGCUUCCCAAGCUCUGCCUAAAGCAGGCCAGUCCACCUGUCCACUCUGUAAGGUGGGACUCAACAUGGGUUCCAAGGAUCCUCCCAACUUCAACACCUGCACUGAUUGUAAGAACACUGUUUGCAACCAGUGUGGAUUUAAUCCUAUGCCAACAUCAGUAGAGAUGAAGGAAUGGCUAUGUCUCAAUUGUCAAAUGCAGAGAGCCCUAGGAGUAUCUGAACCACCUGGCCUUCCUAUGAUUAAACCUCAACCAUCUUCAGUACAGAUGACAAAGAAACCUGCCCCCUCACCCAUGGACCAGGGAGCAGUACCAAUUACUACUGAGGACAGGACUCCUAAGCACCUCUCACACAAGCAGGAGCCUGUGACAUUAUCCACUGGCAAAGAAAAGGAAUCUCCUCCACAAGAUGUAUCAAAAUCACAGAUUUCCCCAUCAGUUCCCCAACAAUCAAAACCCCAGCCUUCACAAACGGUGAGCCCCUCUGCCAAGUCUGCCCCUCCUACAACACAGAAUGUCAAAAAGGAGUCUGGUGGUUUCUUUGGCUUUGGAGGUCCGAAACCAGAACCUGUUUCUACCAAGCCUGCAGAGUCGGUUACUGGAAAAAUGUUUGGCUUUGGUUCCUCGAUCUUCAACUCUGCGUCCACCCUGAUAACCACACCACCUGUUUCUCCAAAAAUGUCUGCCACAAGGGACACCAAACCACCUCCUAUCCAGAAAGCAGAGCAAGAGAAGAAGCCAGUGCAACCUCAGCAGGCCAAGGCUCCCCCAUCACAAUCAAUACCUGCCAAAGUGGACAAAGCUCCAUCAGAGCCUCCAAAGGCAGCAGCUUCCCAAGCUGCUCCUAAAGCAGGCCAGUCCACCUGUCCACUCUGUAAGGUGGGACUCAACAUGGGCUCCAAGGAUCCUCCCAACUACAACACCUGUACUGAUUGUAAGAAUACUGUCUGCAACCAGUGUGGAUUUAAUCCAAUGCCAAAUACAAAAGAGAUAAAGGAGUGGCUUUGCCUCAAUUGCCAAAUGCAGAAAGCAUUAGGAGCAUCUGACCCCACUGUACCACCCAUGAUGAAAUCACCAAGUCAAAUUCCCAGUCACGCUGUCCUUCAAGAGAAAGACAAACAAUUGGGCAAACAUGAAAUCCCUGUAGCUGGUGCUCAAUUGCCAACCCUGACCAAAAAGGAUGAUAAGCUCAUACCAGAGUCUUCAGAGAGCAAAGCGGUCAUUUCAGGUGCGGUGUCGGAAGAAAAAGGUCUGUCUCUUGACCAGCAUAAACAACAACCUGGGGUCAAACCGCCAAGUGUAGAACUAUUUAAUGCAUCAAAGGCAGAUGCUAAACCAGGGCCGGGACAACAUGAAUUGGAUAAGCCAUUGAAUAAGGUUCCAAAAGCUGAAAUUCCUUCUACCAAAUCUGCACCAGCACCACCCCAGCCUCUAAAAACGGAGGCAGGGAGCUUCUUCGGGUUUGGUGGAGCUAAAUCCCAACCCACACCUAGCAAGCCUGCAGAGUCAGUUACUGGAAAGAUGUUUGGCUUCGGUUCCUCUAUCUUCAACUCUGCAUCCACCUUGAUAACCACACCACCAGCAUCCCCAAAACUAUCAACUGCGAAGGACACCAAACCACCUGCUGUCCAGAAAGCAGAGCAAGAGAAGAAGCCAGGGCAACCUCAGCAGGCCAAGGCUUCACCAUCAGUACAGGCCAAAGUGGACAAAGCUCCAUCAGAGCCUCCAAAGGCAGCAGCUUUCCAAGCUGCUCCUAAAGCAGGCCAGUCCACCUGUCCUCUCUGUAAGGUGGGACUCAACAUGGGCUCCAAGGAUCCUCCCAACUACAACGCCUGUACUGAUUGUAAGAACAAUGUCUGCAACCAGUGUGGAUUUAAUCCGAUGCCACAUUCUGAAGCAGAGGAAUGGCUUUGUCUGAACUGCCAGACUCAGAGAGCUCUGUCAGGACAGCUGGGAGACUCGAGGGAACUGUCCCAUGUUCCCCCUGCACCGGCCAAGCCUUUGACACAGUCCACGGCUCCACCCUCAAAGAUGGAACCCACCACUGCGCCCGCGCAGGAUGGGUCGGCAGCUCCCCCCACCAAGGCAGAGUCAACAGCCGUGGCCAAAAACGAAGAGUCUUCUGCGCUCACCGCUACAUCCGGCAAGCUGGUUGCCCGGCCAACAGAAACUCCAAUUCAGAAAGAAGAGUCUAAACCUCCUGUCCCAAAAGAGCAGGAGGAUCCUGUCAAACAAGAGGACACCGCCGCCAGCGUAACAACAACAGGAGCGUCCCUUGAAACCAGGGCUGCAACAGUUCAACAAAAGGCAGAGAUGGCAGAUGUGGAUACUGCCAAAAUGGACACCAUUACGGCUGUAUCUACAAACGAUAACACAAUGACCAUAAAAAUGGAAUGUCCUGCUACUAAGGAGGAGAAGGACGCUAAACCUAGCAUACCUGUUGCGAUUGCUGUGGCUGUCCCUGUGACUGAGGCCUUGGUAAGACCACCUUCUCUUGUUCAUGAAAAGGUCAGCACAGUACCUCCGGAGAUAACGCCUGCACCCACUCUGGCUGCUGAACACAUCAAUGAUCCGGAGAAGGUUGUCGAGGAAGAACAUGUGCAGCCCUGCAGUGUCACAUUGAUCGCAGAAGCGACAAAACCUUUAGGGCAGCAAGUCGAGGUCCAACAGGAGCAAGAUCAAAUGCAGCCAGCAAUGGGUCAAAGGACGCUUGAUCUGCCGGACAUCAUCACAUUGAAUGGCAAGGAAGUGGCUGAAAAGGACAAAAUCAUUACAGAGCACCAAUCAGCGGCCUCAGAUACAACCAUUUGUAAUGAUGAGUCCACAGAAGAGCCCAUUCAAGUGAGAAAAGCUUCUCUCUCUGCUGGACAGGAAAAUGUUAUCCUGACUUCAGAGCCAGAGUUAAAGACAAGCGAUGAGGAUCCAAACAGAAAAACAGACCAGUCACAAGUAGUUACAGAUGUGAGGGAAAUAGUCGAUAUUCCUGUUGAAGAUGCAAUCAACGAUUCAUCUCUGCAAAUAAAUGAGGCAGUUAAAGAGAGGAGACGCCUUAGUUUCCAACCAAUGGAGGAGAGCAGUGCAAGUGAGUUUUCACCUUCCCCUUCACCUCGAGUCCAGAGGAGAAGGCUUAAGAUUACCUCCAUCUCGUCAAGCAGUGAGGAUAUUAAAACGGAAAGUGCUGAAUCAUCUGCAGAAGAUGAAGACUUUAUCCGACAGCAGAUAAUGGGUAUGGGUGGUGAAGAGGAAAUGUCUCUCUCUGAGGACGAGAAAGACAGGAAACUGACAAGCGAUGAAGCCGUCAUUGAGGUUGGAGUUGAUAAUGCUCCAGUGACAACCCAGCAACAGCUGACUAAAGUGGAUACAGAUAAUGAAGACCAACUGGCAAGGAGGAUGUCCCAGCCAGGGAUAGAUGCUGGAAUCACACAAGAUGUCCCUGAAACGGCGCCAUCCACUGUUAUCAAAAAGGCAACGCCAGUGACGAGAAUGAGACCGAGUACUGAUGAAGAUGUUGAAAGUAUCACUGAAUCUCUAUCGAAGGGCUCAUCAAGCGUUCAGGCAUCUAGCUUCACUCCAGAGAAUUCUCACACGUCCGCCUCUUCUCUGGAGGAGGAUAGUGACAGCAGCCCGAGUCACAAAAAAGUGGACAAGCACCACCGCAAAGCAAAGCACAGGCAACCAGGCCAAACUCUCCCCACCAUUGCAGACUCUUCUGAGGAGGAUGAGGUAAAGGAAGAAAGGGAGAUCUUUGGAGAUCAACAAACUACAAAAGAUGGUGACCAUGUUGAAAAGAGGAUUACCAAGAAGUCUCGCAAAGACAAAGACGAAUUUAAAUCCCAAAGAAAACACCCUGAAUUAGUUUCAACAACAAGCUAUGCCUCUCCACUGGAGGAUACUUCACAUUCAGACGAUUUCCCUCGGUCGAAAGCGAUUGGGGAAGCCAACAUGACCACUAGCUCAGAGAACUGUAGCAGUGUAGAACAUGAACCAGAUGCCACUGUUGAUGUGCAGACAGGAAGCAAGCCCUCACCAACAGUCAUACCAAUGAUCCCUGCUGAUCAAUCUGGCAAUAUCUUUAUGAAACAUUUGAAGAGUGCAGAUGAAGUAUAUGAGGACAUUAUUCAGAAAAGUAGAGCUAUACCUGGGGACAGCCCUCCCAGCGUUGAGCCACUUUAUGAAGGAAUGACAAUUGAAGACUAUCUAUACGAGUCUUUAGUUGUGGAACCUGAAUUCAAACUAGAUGAUGCCCAACAGAUGGGACAAAUUUAUGACACUAGCUUUGAGUCUGUAAAGAAACUCAGGUCCCCAGAGGACGUGUACGAGGAAAUGAUGCAGAAGAAAAGGGAACUGAUGAUGAUAGAAGAAGAGUUCCAACAGGCCCAAACUGCCAUGGAAUCCUCCACAUCCGAUACGUCUAUUAACGUUCUAUCCCCAGAUGUCGAGACCUGUGUGGUGACCAUCAUCACAGAACAGCCAACCCCUCCGGAUGAAACUGAAAGGAUUAUCUACGUGGCUGAUUAUGACAAUGAUCUAACGGUGAAGAAAAAGAAGCGACCAGCUCCACCUCGGCCCUCUGCUCCGCCUAAACGGGUGGGGGAGAGGACUGAGGUAACGAGUGCCCCCACCACACCAACUGGAAUAGGCUUUGUUAGGCCAAUGACACCUCAAGAUCCUGCUCUGAGGAAAUCUCUGUUCCCUAUACCAGAUCUCAAGAUAACCCAAUGUUCGUCUGGUGAGGAUGAGGAGGACAGUUUCGCAGAGGAAUAUGGUGUUGGUAUGUCAUCUGAUAUUACUCCCAGUGAUGAUUCUGAUGCUAAAGAUGAGCCCAGUGGUAGCCCAACGUUUUCAGAAUAUGACAUGGAGCCUAUCAGUGUAGUGUGUGAGAUUCCAGAGGCUAGGCCUAUCCCAAAUCCAAUAUCUGCCCCGGAGUUAAUCACUACACCUUCCUCAGUAUCAUCGGUAUCCCCCCCAACUUCACCACCAACUCCAGACUUCAGUUUAGCAUCAAAUGCCACAUCUUCGUCAGAAGGAACCCCAUUGUCUACACCAACGCCACCAACUGCUGUUGUAGCCCAGCCUCAAGCUAACAUGUCUCAGCCAUCAAUGGCCCCAAUUGUAGCUUUUCCAUCAACUGAAGAAUUAGUUUAUUCUCUAAAAUCCGUUAUAGUUACAAUACCAGAUGUGGUAUCUGACCCAGAGAGAUUUUAUGCAACAGUCUCAGGUCCAAAUGAGGUUUCUCAAGCUAGUAGUCUAAAUCAAUACUCAAAACAGAUUGCAGAACAUGUAGGUAUUCAAAUGCCAGCCCUGGCUUCCUCACCAUUGGAAAUGCACACGAGGGCUUCAACUGCCGUGUGUGUAUCAACACCAGGGCCAACACCUGCUGUUGUUUCAGCAACAACAGCACCCAUUACAGCACCAGCUUUAACUCCAGCGUCCAUCCAAACUAUAUCCCCAGUAGCCGACCCUUUGCCAUCCCCUAGGCCUUUCAUAGUUCAAAUGCCAGAUUUGGUUUCUACUACAACCCCUCUCACACCACAGGCUCCACUACCAGUUUCUGCACUGGUCACUUCCCCCGUUUCAGCAAAAGCCACCAUAGUCCACUCAUUCCCUGUUCAGGAGGCUGUCCAAUUGCCCACGCCAGUGAUAGUUCAUGCUCAAGCUCAAACAGCUACUGUGUCAUCAUUAACUUCUGGAACAACUACAGUGAUCAAAAGGAAAGUGCCCCCGCCACCGCCUCCUCGAUCUACGUCUGUUUCCCUCCCUGCCGUGGACCCUUCACCUAUCAAUACUGUGCACAACAGCUCCCACACUAUGACCCCUACAACAGCUACAGCUGCUGGCCAACCAAUGCAGUCUGUAUUUGUGGAUAUACAGCCAUGGAUGGAUACCCAACAUUACAAUGUUUCUGUUCCCCAAGUGGUUCCUCCAACAAGACAAGGACAUGUAGUUAUUAUAGUACCAAGUGUUGAAAACACUGCUUUUCUUGGUCGAUCCACAGAAGAUGAAUCAAGUACCUUAACUUCCGCUGCUCAGUUGACACAUGGGAAUGUGGCUCAUGUGGCUCCCAUUGUGUCCAGUAAAGAAACAACAUUAAUGAAAGCUCUGCCGGUUGCACCCCCAAUUCCAACUGUUUCCUCCAAACCAAUUGCUGCAAGAACUACAGACACAGUAGAAAUACGAGUUGCAGAAACUCCUCCACCAAUCGCUGUCCCUUUGCCAAUGGUAUAUUCAAACCUACCUGUCUUAAUUUCACCGGCCCCAUCUGUUGUUUCAAUAUCCACAGCUAAAACAUCACAAGCCCCUGUAACAUUAUCAAGCCCUAGUCAUUCUGUAAAACCUCCACCACCCAUACCUCCAAAGCCUGUUUCUAUUCCAGCUGGACUGGUGUUCAGCCAUAAACCAGGGGAAAGUGUCAAACCACCUGCUCAUCAUGUGGCUCACAAAGCUGCAACACUUCCAAGAACAAGAGAACCCCCGAACGCUUUGUCAUUCAGUUUGACUAGACCCGUAGAAUCUAGACUGAGUGCCACGUCUCCGAAGUCUCCGUUGUCACCUAGACACGGUAAAUGUUUGAAAACCUAUGUAGUCAUAACUCUUCCGUCUGAGCCUAGCUCACCAACUGAGAGCAUAACUGUUCAGGCUCCAGUAAGGAGAGGGUCUAUUUCUGCAACAAGAAUUUCAGGAGUACGUACCACACCAACAGAGCAAAACAGAUUCACUGAGGUCUUUUCUGCCCCAGCGACAUUAUGCAGGGCAUCGGUGCCCACUGUAAGACAUGCACCUCCAAUAUCAGUAGUUACAUCUGCUGGAGAAGCGCCAGUCCUAGUCUCUGAGUCAAGUACUGUUACUGCCCAAAUACAGAGAAACACGAAUCAAGCUCUAGCAGAGCAACAUCUCUCAUCAGUGCCUUCUGCCAUGGCAGAGACAUCAGGUCAGCAAGAUCUAAUUCAAUCUUACAGUGUUCCACCUCCUAUCAAGAAACCAUAUUUACACCUGACAGCAAAACAAAUGGAGCCAUUUUCUCAGCCAGCUCCAUUGACGUCUCAAAUCAUCACAAUGCCUCUCGAGCCGGCGGCUCCUGUUGAACCCCGUGCUGUCCAAGUCACUGCCCUAACACCAUCUAUUCCCUCCGGAGAAUCAGAAGUCAUAGACAUCACAUGUGAAACAUCUGUGGUUGAAAUUCCUACUGAAGUGCUUUCUGUGGCAGAAAACAUCACACAGCAACAGCCCAGAGAAAUACCUGUUCCUCAUUAUGUGAGCCAAGAAAUACAUGUUGAAUAUCCACAAGAGGCUACUCCAAGUAAUUUCACUAUGCUCGCAAGCACAGUACCCAUUCCAUUGGCGGCCCGGCAAGUAUCAUCACCGGUAUCUGCGAUGUAUGAGGAUAUUUUCAUACCAACAGAGGUCAUAUCUCACAAGGCUGUUGCUGAAAUACCAUUACAAGAAGUGGUGCAGCAUUCAGUUGUGCAUAGAGCACCCACUGGAGUUGAUGCAGUGACCCCCCCUCCAAAAGUUGAGUUGGCUACAGAGGUUAUUUCAACUCAUGUCGGAGUUCCAGCAUUACUCGCAGCUUCACCAUUUACUCCUGAUGCUUCAGUGGCUUUCCCAUUAACUGGUGUACAUGCAGCAAUGACAGUAGUUCCGGAAAUUAGACCAACCCCUGUUGUUAUGGAAGAGACACUAAUGCCAUUGUAUCAAGCGAUACCUCCUGCCAUUUACAACCCACUGGCAUAUGUAUCUGCACCUCCAGUGAUGCCACAAGCGGCAACAGUAGUAGAUGCUAUUCUGAUGCACCCUGUAUAUGACAUACCUACAGAGAUCAUACCAGAACCGGUAAUCGAGCAUCAGAGAGUAACUAGUGCAAUGGUUUUCCUACCACAGUCCGAAAUACAAAUUGGUGUUAUUAAAACUGAGGCCAUAACUACAAGUAGAAGAACUUCUAUAUCAUCAAUAGUUCAACCAUCAUACACCAUGGGUGAGAUGUCUAUCUACCCCUCAGAAUAUGACAUCCCAACACAAGUGGUCACAACAGAGGCAAUUGCUACCACCAGACGGGAAUCAAUCCCCAUGCAACAGCCAUUCCCACUGGCACGUGUGGGAACUACACCAAAAAUGGAAAUACCUCUGGAUGUAUAUGGCUCUCCUCAAAACCUGUACAACAAAGAUUAUGUUCAUUUUGUGCACCAACCACAUGUGUUAACAUACUCCCCAUGUCUUCAUGAUGCUCCUAAAGAUAUUUUAACUUCUGGAGGUUAUACAAGAAGAACCUCCAUACCUACAGUCCAGGAAAUGCAUCAGUCAGUGCCUGUGGCCCCAGUCCUCAUCACUGAGAUUCAUCAAGAUUCUAUUGAGAGACAGAAGGUACAGAGUCACAUGUACUCUUCCUCCAUCUCCACCUCAGGUCAGCCUCCGGAAAACCUUCAGAGUAGAGUGACGAAGGUGGUUACCACUGAAGUUCAGAGGACCACUGUGUCGGUUGUCCAUGAAAGACUACCACAGGUCAUUCCACCGAGUGUCGAAAUAACAAUACAACCCGAAAUCACGAAGGUUCAAACCCUGCAAAAACCGAAUGGGAAGGGGGUCUAUCCCAGUGAUGUUAUUGAUCUGCGCACAAUGAAGGUCGGUGUCAAGAUGACUGACAGUGGCAUGGAUCUAACCCCUACCCACUCCCGCCGACCGUCAUUUUCUAGCGACUCUAGUGGUAGACAGAUCACAGCUGUGCAGCCUGAGAUAGUGAACCUUAGUCCUGUGAUAACCACAGCUACAACUCUCUCAGUUGUAACUGAUAGCAUAACAAUAGUCACAUGCACCGCCACCAUUGCAUCAUACAGCACUCCGGCAGAGAGGCCUCUGGACUUACAGGGCAGCAUAACCUCUAUGCCUUUGGCUCUCGCCACAGGCAAAACAUUUGAGCCAAUGGCACAAAUUGUGUACAGGCCUCUGGACCCCCUACCUGUUGCACCUGUUAGCACCAUGGCAAGUAUUCAAGACGCACCCAUGAAUCUUUCUUUCGGAGCCAUUACCCCUGUUUUUGAAAGACACACUUCAGUUUCUGUUGGCAAUGGAUAUCCCGUCAUUUCACUGGAGGCUACUGGUGCCAUGGAUCUAUCAAACUACAAACCGAUGAGGGCAAUUGUAGCUUAUUCCAGCACGAGUCCUGGAGUGGUCACCACUGUUGUGGAGGAUGAUGAUGCCUCUCCAGUGGAUUUAACAGCUGCGAGAAGAAGUGUGUGCUGUGACGUCAUCUACAAACUACCAUUCACCAGAAGCUGUAGAACACAGCCACCAGUUACCGCCCAGCCCGACAACCGCCUCGGGUACAGAGACUACCGCUACAAUACUGUAGCGACAUUCGGCGUCAAAGGAGUGGAUAUAAUUAAAGCCUCUGCAUCUGAGACAAAUCUGGCAGAAUCUGGACUUUUUAGCUAUGAGCCAAAGAAUGGCUUUGCAUACUUUAGUGGAUCAUCGGACGGAGCAGUAGACCUAACACCGUCUCAACUUUCUGCUGGUACAGCCAUAGACUACACCAGCAAAGCAGCGGAAGAAUAUGCUGGGAUGGCCAUGGUUCCAUAUUCCCAGAUCCCUGCAAUUGGAUAUGGCGUAAAUAAUACAUUAAGGACCUCCGAUGGAUUUGUGUACUCCUCUGUAUCAGCCCCAAUCCAAUCCUAUGCUGUAACUACUCAGCCUGGCUCAAUUUUCAGUGCUACCUUACCUUCUACAACCGCCCUCCAGAACCAACUAGUGCCACACCCCUAUGGCUUCCUUUCCACCCCAGAUCCUAGCCAGAUCAUUCCUCUUGACGUUGGGCUGCAUAAGGAGCUGGUGCCAUCAGCCCUCUCUGAACUUCUCACUGGCUACCCUGAAAUGUACUCAGACACAACCCUGGAAGCCAUUGCAGCUUCCCUCGACGCUCUGGCCUCCUCGCCUAUGUUCCCCGGUCUGGACAACACCAAGAUGGCCCAGUAUCAAAUGGAGAGGGAGUUUCUGGAAUUGGAGAAGCUGAAGCAGCUUUGCUUGGCUGAAGAACUUGAGUGGGAGAGGCACGAGAUUCAGCGUUACCGGGAACAAGAGCAGUUGAUGGUCCAGAGAGAGCUUGAGGAGCUCCAGUCGUUGAAACAGCAGCUUCUAUUACAGCAAGAGGAGGAACAUCAUGCGCAUAUGGUCGCUCAGCAGGAGACGUACACUCAGCAGAAAGAGCAGCUCCAACAAAUACAGCAUCUCCAACUGCAGCUCCAGCAGCAACUGGAUGACCACUAUAAGACCUCAGGUAGCCCAGGCAACCUCUUAGAUGCUAAAUAUGCAGGCGUAGGGGAUAAUGGCCAGUACUGGCCUGUUAGAGAUGAGGGUACAAGUCCCAUUCCAAGAGGGGUACAAUUAGAUGGAUGCCAGGAUCAGCGGAUCAAGAAGCUUUCAGAUGGUUCUAGGCAGGCAGAUCAGGACACAGGGAGGAAGAUAGUCGAUAGUGGUGUACAGACAGACGACGAAGACUCCCCAGACAAGCAGCAUGUCGGGAGGAAAAAGAGAAACAAGAGAAAUGAUGACAGCAGUGCCCAGACGGACGAUGAAGAUCAGGACGAGUGGGAUACGCCCACGCGUUCUCGGCGGCGGACCCGUAAGCACAGUGGCGAAGGGAAACAUGCUUCGAAAGUAUCCAGCAUAGCGAUCCAAACCGUGGCAGAGAUUUCCGUUCAGACCGAUCACUCUGGCUCCCUCAAAAGGCCCAACAUGCAGAUGGAUACUAAGGUUGAAAUCAUCAAGCACAUCUCAGCCCCCGAAAACUCCAAGAGAGGGGGCAGUUUGAGCUGUCAAACAGACUCAGACAGAAGGCACCCUGAGAUUGGAUUUACAGCACAUUUUAUCACAGAUACCCCUGCAAAAACAAGGGUAAGCUACACCCCUGUCUCGCCACUGUCCCCGGAUAAAUCGAUGGGAGGCAAGAAGAUGCUGACUGCUGACCCAUCCAGGUUUUCCUCGAGCCCCAGGAUGCUGAAACCAGGGCAGAAAUCUCUGUCCGAUCCCAAGUCACUCAGUCCGAGCACUGAUGAGAGGAUCAGUGGAUACUAUGACAGCUUUACUGGCCGAUGCUCUCCUUCUGGCACCGGUAAGAAAGUGAAGCGGACUCUGCCUGACCCCCCCCCUGAGGACGACUCCCUGACCGGCCGGUCAGGCUACAGCACCAACUCCGCCCGCCGCCGGCUCGCCCGCAACACAACGAUGGCGCGGGCCAAGAUCCUGCAGGACAUCGAUAAGGAACUGGAUCUGGUGGAGAGAGAAUCCUCCAAGCUCCGUAAGAAACAGGCAGAACUGGAUGAAGAAGAGAAAGAGAUUGACGCCAAGCUACGGUACUUGGAGAUGGGCAUUAACAGACGGAAGGAUGCCCUGCUGCAGGAGAGAGAGAAGAGAGAAAGGGCCUACCUCCAAGGGGUGGCCGAGGAGAGAGACUACAUGUCCGACAGUGAGGUCAGCAACAUCAGAGAGACGAGGGGCGAGGGGCGGGAGAGGCCCCGUACGGCUCCCCAGUCCGAGUUCGACCAGUUCAUCCCUCCGCAGACGGAAGCUGACUCCCAGUACUCCACCCUCACCAGUCCCUACUCCCACUAUGCACAGUAUGCGCCUCAAACCCAGACCACCAGCCAUUACACCCAGCAGAACGUUUACCCGCAGCAGUCGCACUACCACGACCAGGUGUCCCCCUACCAAACCGUAGCUGACCAUUCCCUCGGCCAGUCCCAGCACAGCAGUUACCAGCACGCGCUGCUCCUGCAGUCGGGGAAGCAGCGACAGACCAACAUCUCUGACAUGGAGCCGAAGAUCACCACCAACUACGAGGUGAUCCGGAACCAGCCUCUGCUCAUUGUGCCAGCCUCCACAGACAGCGGCUACGAGGUGGCGCACCUGGGGGGGAAAUACGGAAGCCUUGACCUGAGGCUGGGGCUAGAGGAGAGGAGCAUGGCCUCCAGCCCCAUGUCCAGCAUCUCCGCUGAGUCCUACUAUGCGGAUAUAGAACACCACAAUGCCAGGAACUAUGUGUUGAUUGACGACAUAGGCGAACUGACCAAGGGAUCCACAGGGUUGGGUUCUGCCGGCCUGGGGUCUGGGUUCAGCCUGCCUGAUAAGGACCUGUCCAAGGCGGAUAGACUGCUUCGAGCUGCAGAGGCCAGACGCACAGCAGAGGUUGCAGAUUUCUUAGGGCAGUCUCGGCUGCAGGGUUACGUGAAAGGGGACGACGACACCAUGGAAGAGCCUUAUGAGCUGAAGCUCCUGAAGCAGCAGAUCAAGCAGGAGUUCCGACGAGGAACCGAGGGACUGGAACAUCUCACAGGUUUGGGCCUGCCUCAAUACCUCCCUAGUGACGCCAACUUCCGUCAUUUCCCCAAAGGAGAAAAGUACAGCAUUGGCAGACUGACCCUGGAAAAACAGGCUGCAAAGCAAUUACCUGCCGCCGUUCUUUACCAGAAACAAGUCAAAAAUAAAAAGGCCCAGAUAGAUCCAAAAGCGAUCACCAAAUGUUCCCCUAUUCAAGAAAAUCGCGAUCUUGAACCCGACUACGGUAGCUAUAUGGGCUCUGGAUCCUCGUCUGUGACUAACCUAGCUGCCAGGGCCAGGUUGCUGCAGGAUGAGAUCACGUUCGGGCUCAGGAAGAACUUAUCCGAACAGCAGAAAUACCUGGGCUCGUCUCUGGGGGCCAAUCUGUCUGGCUCUCUCAACCAAGGCCAGGCCCUGGGCCUGGGCCCCCCCAUGCGGUCCUCCGUCCAUGACGACGGGACCUUCCCCAGCGGGAGCCGCUCGCGGCCCUCCUCGCGGCCCUCCUCCGUCUACGGUUUGGAUCUGUCCCUCAAGCGAGAUCUGUCCAGCUCUUCUCUACGGCUGAAAACGGAAGGGGAGGUCCUGGACGCGGCGUUCGCCCCCGGGGUGGCCAGGGCCAAACCCACCAGCCUGCCCAUCAGCCAAAGCCGCGGGCGUAUCCCCAUCGUGGCCCAGAACUCGGAGGAGGAGAGCCCCCUGAGCCCCGUGGGCCAGCCGAUGGGCAUGGCCAGGGCCUCGGCCGGCCCCCUCCCCCCCAUCUCCGCCGACUCCCGGGACCAGUUCGGCUCCAGCCAUUCGUUGCCAGAAGUGCAGCAGCACAUGAGGGAGGAGUCUCGCACGCGAGGUUACGACCGAGACGUUGCCUUCAUGAUGGACGACAUGCAGGGCGCCAUGUCUGACAGCGAAGCCUUAAGUGACUCCAUGUUGGCUUUGAACAGAGAUGAUGCCAGAAUCUUUCAUGAGAGUAUCAGACACGCUGGAGGCCCAAACUGGAAUAUAGAAGCCUACCACCUGAGGCGGGAGGACACGGAUUGGUUUGAUAAGCCCAGAGAAGGACAUCCGCAGAGUGGACACAUGCUGGACAAGAGACAGAUGAGGCUCAUCACGUACGCCUUCCCUCACACUCGGGUUACCCUCAAGAGAGACCUUAAGGACUCCAGUGUGUCAGGGAACGGUCUGGGGAUCCGAGUGGUCGGUGGGAAGGAGAUUCCCGGGAGCAGAGGGGAGAUAGGAGCCUAUAUCGCCAAGGUUGUUCCUGGUGGAGUAGCAGAAAGCACCGGGAAGAUCGUGGAAGGAAUGCAGGUGUUGGAGUGGAAUGGCGUCCCUCUGAUGGGGAAGACGUAUGAGGAGGUGCAAUGCAUUAUGGGCCAGCCAUGUGCAGAGGCGGAGCUCUGCGUCCGCCUUGACCUCAACAUGCUGUCGGACCACCCUCAGGCCUUGGAUAACCAUGCGAUGCUUAAAGCCGUGCGGGCAGCGGUCCCCGGGGCGUGGACCCCCAGCAGCUUGGCCGCCGAGCUGCAGAAGGUGUCCCUGCAGCAGUUCCCGGGCGUGGCCGGAGCCCCCCAGAGCCAGGGGGGGCAGGGCGUGCUCUCCGCCUGGAGCGCUCCACGCUGUCUGCACUCGGGUCCAGGCUCGGCCGCGUCCAGCGGGGUGCCCAGCCCCGGCCAGCCGGGCUCUCCCGCCAUCAGCAAGAAACAGCGCCACAACGCCAAGUGUGUUCUACGCUACUUCCUCCUGCAGCUCCAGAUCAACUACGACAGGAACCUGGGAAACCUGAUAGUCCACGUUCUGCAGGCCAGGAACCUGGUUCAGCGGGAGAGCAACAGCUACUCUGAUCCCUUCGUCAAGGUCUACCUGCUACCUGGAAGAGGGUACGACCAUCUGAACAGCAUGCAAGCCACCAUCGUGCUGAAUGAGCUGUACUGGACCGAGGCGCUGGCCGACGUCUUCAAGAGGAACCGGGAGGACGACCCCACCCUCCUCUGGCAGGUGUUUGGCAGCGCCACGGGAUUGGCUCGCUACUUCCCAGCUUCACCGUGGAUGGACGUGCGCAAGACCCCCAGUAAGAUCGACCUGUACGACGUGCGCCGGAGACCCUGGUACAUCCAAGGUGCUGCCUCGCCCAAAGACAUGCUGAUCCUGGUGGAUGCGAGCGGCAGCGUGUCGGGCCUGACUCUGAAGCUCAUCCGGACCUCUGUGAUCGAGAUGCUGGACACCCUGUCCGACGAUGACUACGUCAACGUGGUCUACGUGAGUACUGCGCAGCUCCGCGACGGACCCCCCAGACGUUCAGAUCGGCGGCCUCGGCCCCCAGAGACACAUCGCCCGGUCGUGAUCGAUGAGCUGCAGAGUGGUUCUCCCAGGGUUCCCGAACCGCGCAGGCAGACUGCCGGCCGCAGCGAGCUGCCCUUUGGCUCCGUGUUCUCUUUCAACACCAGGGUGAAUAUUUCGGGCUGCUUCGACCAUCUGGUCCAGGCCAACGUCAGAAACAAGAAGCUGCUGAAGGACGCCGUCCAGAACAUCAAAGCCAAGGGCAUCACCAACUACACCAAAGGAUUUGAGUUUGCUUUCGAGCAACUCUCCGUGACAAACGUCAGCAGAGCCAACUGCAACAACAUCAUCAUGCUGUUUACGGACGGGGGAGAAGAGAGAGCUCAGGCCAUCCUGGAGAAAUACAACACUGACAAGAAAGUGCGGGUGUUCACCUUCUCUGUGGGCCAGCACAACUACGACAAAGGACCCAUCCAGUGGAUGGCCUGCGCCAAUAAAGGAUACUUUUACGAGAUUCCCUCCAUCGGCGCCAUCCGAAUAAACACGCAGGAGUAUCUGGACGUGCUUGGGCGACCCAUGGUGCGGGCCGGUCAGCAGGCCAAGCAGGUCCAGUGGACCAACGUGUACCUGGACGCCCUGGAACUGGGGCUGGUCAUUACAGGCACACUGCCGGUGUUCAACAGGACCAGGAGCAGAGAUGAUACAAAUGGAGAGAUCGGGCCAAACGGAUACUACUUUGCCAUCGACCCAAACGGCUAUGUCCUGUUGCAUCCCAACCUUCAGCCCAAGAAGCGGAUCCGUCAUAGGCAGCUCAGACUCAGUAAUAUGUACGCUGCCAGCUUCCAUGAGGUGAGCCUGUCGAGGUGGAUGCAGAAGUAG